UAGGUGGCCUGAGAGCAGAAAUUUUAUCAAUAAAAUGUUUCAAAAAUUUUUCACAAACAGUCGGCGAUGAGUCAAUAGGGGUGUUAUCACAUGGAUUGACAAGAGAGUUGAAAAUAUUAAAAAGAACUUGGGGCUUGCAACAAUUUGUGGAGACAAGAUUCGAGAAAUAUCCCAUUUUAGCUGUCCAAACAGCACUCUGAUAGGCACACAGACUAUCAUGGAGGGCUUGUUUAGAGACAUGGAGCUUGUCUUUCUUCCACUUUCUCUCGGCGCACCGGCAUGCACGUCUGAGAGUGCGUGGAGUCAUUUAGCCACGGUUCAGAAAGUGUCUUGGUGCGUUUUAGUCUAAAAGGGUCAACAUUGUCCAAGAUAGUCGUGCAGGUAGCAUUAAAAAGGGUUAAAAGCUCAUCAGCGCAGGGAGUGACACUGUCAUUCAGCAUGUUAAACAUCAGCCCAGAUGUUUCAGAAUGAUAUAAGGCUGAGAACUGCGAUGCAGUCUGGCGGCUGAUUGUGCGCAGAUGGCACGGGGCAGUACAGGUAUUAACAUGUGGGCAUGGGAUGGAUACAGUGAAUAGCACAGGCAGAUGGUCAGAGAUACAGGCUGUCUCACAUAUUUCGUUGCUACACACAGAUAUGCUACGCGAUAACACCAGAUCUAGAGUAUGACCUUUCUCGUGAGUCGGGCCUUUGACAGACUGAACGAGGUUAAAAGCUACAAGGAGAUUUAAAAAAUCAUUGGAUAGAGGGUUCUUGAUUCACAACAAACAUGGAUAUUGAAAUCAACACAAAUUAAAAGAUUGUCAUAAUUUACAGAGACUCCUGACAGAAAUUCUGCAAAGUCACUAAUAAACUCCUUGUUGAAUUUGGGAGGGCGGUAAAUGACCACAAACAAAACGGGGGAGGAUAGGUGUAACUCAAACAACUGCAGUUCAAAGCUGGAGAAUGUAUCUGAAGGAGGCUGACGACACUUAAAACUGGAUUUAAACACGGAGGCAAGACCUCCACCUCUACCAGAGCUCCGACGGGAGCUAAAGAACAGACAGUCAGGGGGAAGAAGCUCAGAGAAUGGAGUGCCAUCACCAUCCUUGAGCCAAGUCUCUGUCAAGAGCAUAAAAUCCAGGUUCCGUGUGGUGAAAAAGUAAUUCAAUGUAAAUGUUUUGUUUGCCAGUGACCUAAUAUUUAAUAAGGCAAUAUCUAAAGUGGACUCUACGUCAGCUGAUGGCGCUGCAUGUUUGAGAGGCCGUAGCAAAUUAUGUGAAAGGCCACCUCUAUGGUUGCUCAGUUUGGGGCGACUAGUGCUUUUAGUUUCUUUGCAGCCUAAAGUGGGUAAUUGCGGAAAAGACCGAUAGAGGGAGCUAGAGGGAGGAAUUGAUGGCGCUUGACUAUUGUCAGUGUACAGCAGAGCAUGGGGAGGUCCGCAGGUGAUGGCAAUCAUAGACAUAAUAAAGGGUAGACCCCGCUGGGGGUGCUGCGCAGCGAGAAAUGCGGCCGCCAUCUUGGUCAGGUCAAGCCUCCCAUGCGCUCCGGUCAAUCAUAUUCAUUCAUUCAUUCAUUCAGCGAUGCCGGAGCACUGUGCGGCGUAUUCCUGUGCCAACAGGCGGACAGCAGAGAACAGGGCUCAAGGAAUAGCUUUUCACAGUUAUGAUUAAACGUUUUUUCAACAUUACACUUGACUGUAGAGUCAUUUGUAGGCCAAAGAGGAAGACUAUCGGUCAACUCCAAAAAGGAAACAGCAUUUGCGAACAGCUAGCUUAUUCACAAUAAUAGCAACUUUGCUCUGUUAUCAACAGAUUUGCACUAGAUUGAAAAACUUUUGUUUGAGAGAGGUUCUAAGAAACGUUAAGAAAUAAAAUAGAAAGAAGAAGGAAGAAAGUGAGGUCUGUUUUAUUAUCUGUUUUAUUAAAGAUUUCUUUGUGGUGAUCUCCUGUUUCAUUUUGAAGAUUUCCUAAGGACAAAAACUUGAGGAGAUUGCUGUUAGAGGGAGAAAUUCGCAGCAAGUGAUUCCUCUGUGCUGUGUAGCCAACAAGCAAAUUGAUAUGUAGCUUAGAUGCUGUCCUGUCAUGCUGUUCUUGUGUUUAAAUUGUUUUGAUAUGUAGGCUAUAUAUUUGUGUAUAUUUCUUUGUGUGUAUUUUCCAGUUAUUAAAAUAGUGCUUCUAUAUGACAUUAUUUGUGUGUGUCUACAAAUGGAUAAAUAAAAUUAAACUAAAUAAAAUAUAAUCAAAUCAAUAUAUAUUGAAUUGGCCUAUUAAAACCGCCAGUUAUUAAUAAUUAUUGAGACAUAGCAGGAACCUAGCUCUAAACCUAGAUAUAUCCUUGAUUAAUUGUUAUACUAUAAUACUGCUGUGGUAUCUGGAGUACUACAUCAAUAUGCAUUGCCUUAAGGUAUUUUUCAGGAAUAGCCUGAGGACCAAUUGUGGAAUGUGGGUUUGUGUUUUCCUGGGUUUAUCAUUAGUGACACCUGGGGCACUUCACAGGUCACAGGGCACAGGUCAUAAAACACCACUAUAGGUUAACCAAACACCAAAUGGUAAGGAAAGAUAUCUUGGGGACAAAGAAGGAAUGUAGGAGGGCUUACAUCCCUAACUGUAUAUAACAGGGUCACAAACUCUGGUUGGGGAGAGCUGGACAUCAUUGGCAGUCCUCUCCCAGCAACUGCAGUGCUGUAUUGAUACUGGUUUUGUCUUUAUAAUAAACUCCUCUUAUACAAGCAAGCCAGUGUCACGAAGCCUCCUUCUGCAUCUACACAUCGAGGACAGCCCAGACACAACAAAUUGGCGUCACGAACAGGAUCAGCUACGGCCUCCAGAGGAUCACGGCAGCUUCAACGCAUCUAUUCCUGCACCACAUUGGCGCCAGGUGAGUGUUUGACUCACAUAAAGUGCUGCUGGUUUAGUUGUUGGAGCUGUUGUGUUCAGCUGUUAGGCUGUACUGUGUAAAAGUACUUGUGUGGAAAUGCUGUGAUGUGCUGUUGAAGAGAGGCUUCAUCUAAAUUUGGGUAGAAUAGAAAAGAAAAGAAGUUGUAGAGAAGAGGUUAAAAUAGACGAAAAAGAGAUGCCAAAAAUAGAAUAGCAGAGACUAGUAAUGGGAGUGUGCUAAAUAACCUUGCAAGAUUAACGAAGAGGGGCCCUUACCUCCUAACGGUAAGACAAUGUGUAAAUUAGUGACUAAUGUGAACGUCUAGCUCCAAAAGGAUAGUCGAAUUCGGGGCGGGGAAAGAAAAAGUGAGGAGUAAAACCCGGAGCCCAGGGUAAUUGGCAAAUAAAUGAUAAAAAGAGAUAAAGGGUGAAAAGAGAAACAGGCUGAGAUAGCCUAGGCUGAGAUGGCCGAAAAAGAGAAACAGGCUGAGAUAGCCUAGGCUGAGAUGGCCGAAAAAGAGAAACAGGCUGAGAUAGCCUAGGCUGAGAUGGCCGAAAAAGAGAAACAGGCUGAGAUAGCCUAGGCUGAGAUGGCCGAAAAAGACAAACAGGCUGAGAUAGCCAGGGCUGAGAUGGCCGAAAAAGAGAAAAAGGCUGAGAUGGCCUAGGCUGAGAUGGCCGAAAAAGAGAAAAAGUUAACUUAAUGUUAGGGACGUCGUGAUUGGGCAUACAAACCGGUAAGGACAGUUUAAAGAAAAAAAAAUAAGUUAACUUAAUGUUAGGGAAGUCGUGAUUGGGCAUACAAACCGGUAAGGACAGUUUAAAGAAGAAAAAAAGGCCUAUAAACUAUAGUAAGGAAACAUUGAGCUCUGUGAGGAGAGGUGUGUUGGAAUUUCCGUGUGUGAGAGAAGCUUCUGGUGUGUGUGUGAGGAGUGUGUGUAUGGGUGCUGCUGUGAGUGUGAGUGCAAAAGAGUCUGUGUGCAGUGAGUGGCAUGUGCACAAAGUUGGGGAAGUGUCUAGCAUAAAUAUAAGUGAUUAACUCAUGAUAAAGUGAUAAAUGAUGUCUUAUUAAAUAUAUAAUGAUAUGAUAUAAGAAAUUAACAUAUAAGGGAAGAGAUACUGUUGUCUUUGUAGUGUUAAAAAACAUAUGAGCCCUGGUUUCCUUUGUACAGGGACAUAAAUAGAACAAGUAACUGCUAUGAGCCUCUCAGGAUAAAGAGGACGUUAGUACACCUAAUAAUAAGAAAUGAGCCCCUUAUUAGAUGAGGAGGACUUUGGAUGGUGAUAACAUCCUUAACUAAUAUUGCAAUUAAAGAAGUGUAAAAACCAGCAAGCACAUUUGUGUUCAUACAGAUACAGGAAAAAAACAGAGUAAAAGAUAGGAGCGAUUUGCUAACUGAUGGGUGUGGUUUUCCGCUGUGUGUGUGUGUGUGAAUAUUUAAAGUGAAGGGUCACUUGCUGAUGAUUAUGUUUAGAGGGAAGUCCUAGUUAAAAAUUAGGAGAAUCCAGGGAGCUUUUCCUCCCCCUUUCUUUCUCUUCUUACAGGCCUGAGAACAGAAAGAAAGCUAAAAAAUCCAGUUUAACUAUUUUAGAUGUGUGAAAAUUUUAAAUGGUAUACCAUGGUAAAGGGGAAUGAUGUAUAAUAAAUUUAGGUAGUCUGAUAGUAGAAGAAAUCUUUAAAUAAUGGUAGUAAACAUUUUAAAUUGUAUUGAAUGAAGUGAUUGUGAUAUACUAAACAUUUGAUUUGUGCUUGUCCCUUUCUCUGAUGCAUGAGAGGGGAGAGAAGAAUGAAAGGCAUCUGACGUUGGAGCACCCAUAAAACAGAUAAGGAGAUAAUUGGCUGUGCUGCAACAAGAGGGGGCUUGCGGAUGAGAGGCUCACCAGGACCUGCUCCCAUUUGACAGGCCAGUACAGUUUUAUCUACAAACUCUUCUCCGAUGCAUCUGCUGCUACUUAGUUGUACAUACACACAUUUAUAGUGGGAACACAGGUAGUUGGGUGUAUACAUUUGGUAAUGAUAGACAAUAAGAGCAGUAGUUUUGUUGGUAAAAAGGAAGGCUUGGCAACAGACUGACCAGUUUAAAGGGCUAAUUAAGUACUGUAGUAUUGUUGAAUUAAAAGAGCAUUUCCAAGAGGUCUAAAAUUUUGCUACAGCGUGUGGAUGUGAUUUGUCAUUGCUGCUUGAUAAAAUCACACAAAUUGAUCUUUUUUGGGGGUUGAUAAGUUUUAAGUCUCUGGGGCUGGCAGAUUUCUUUGGCUUGUCUUGGUUUAAGGUAAAUUAGCUAAACGGCGCUGUGAAUAACGUGUUUGGUCAUCUGUUAGUGCUUUUGGUUCCUGUGAAGACAUUUAAAGGCAGUAGCACAAUGCCAAAGAUGGACGUUAAAGGUGUGAAAUGUAUCACUCCAGUUGAUGUAGUAAUAAAGAGUAAUCCACUUGUUAUGGGUAUUGAAAAACUGUCUAAGAAAUGGAGUAAGAGGUGGCCUGACAUUGACCAGCCUUGGCGAGUGGAAGGUACCCUUAAUCCUGAAGUGGUUACAACAAUGCACGUGCUAGUGUCCACCUAUAAGGCAGAGCAAAAGAAAGGAAAGAAGGGAAAGAAACGGCAAGAAAAGAGACAGAGGGAGCUUAACAUUUUGCACUUGUUUGAGCAGGAGGGGCAGAAAAUGCUAAAAGCCGAUAAGGAGAGAAAAGACAGGAUUGUAGAAGAAAUAAACAAAAAUGUUAAAUCAACAGAAAAAUUGAUGGCAGAAGUGAAUAAACCUUUCUCACACACAACCCCAGUGAAGAGCCCCCCACCGUAUGAGAAAGAGAUAAGAUACACUGAUGUCUAUCCUCAGCUCCCCGUGAUUAAACAGGAGGGCGUGUAUCACAUCAAAGAUGAGGAGGAGCAGAUGAUAGAGACAGGAACAGCUAAAACAACUAUAAAAAUGUACCCAAGCAGUAAGAGUAAAAAGAAAACAGGCCAUCCAGCAGCUAGGGGUGAACAAAAAUAUAGAAAAAUAGAAAUGGGAGAGGAUAGUCAGAGUGAUUCAGAAGAGGCUAUUGGAGGCUACGACCCAGCAGUCAGAAACAUAUUAGCCAGAGCAGAGAAAAGAGGAGGAAAAUCGCUGAGGAAAAAAGAGCCAGUAAAAGACACCUCAGAGGAGAGUGAAGAUAAUGAUAGGGAUGAAGAAUCAGACAGUGAAGAGUCUUCAUAUUCCCUUUGGUCAACACCAAGGACUGAAGCUGAGGAGAGGCACAAGGCUUUGAGAAGGAUUGAGAAACGCAUCGAUAAAUGCUAUGGCAACCUAAGUAGUGCUACCAGUCCUGAAAAACAUAGAGAAGUGAGGGAAGAAUUAGAAGAGCUACAAAUAAUAAAGAAUGACCUGAAGAAAAAAGGAAGUGAAAAGCCAUCCACUUCAGGGUAUUCCUUACGCCCAAGAAAAGGGGAUAAGCCAUCUGGGAAAAUGUGUCCAGUCAUUGUUCGGGGACAGAAUUUGGAGUACAAGCCUCUGCAAAAUACAGACAUGUCAGACAUUCUUGAAAAGUUACCUACUCUUCAGGAAGGAGCUCACCCUUGGAUUUCCAAGUUAGAGGAAAUUAUGGUGGGAUGGCAGCCUGCUAUGGGAGACAUCAAGAGACUCCUAGCCAGCAUUUUAGGGGUCCCAGCUAUGGAAGAGAUCUUGCAGAGAGCAGGGCUUAACCGGUAUGCAGGGACUGCGGUAAAUGACCCAGAACUGUUUGCUGCAUGUAGAGCUCGGAUGUGGAGAUCAUUGAAAGAUGUAUUUCCAACAAAUGUACAUCCAGAUAACAUUAUAAUUGAACCACUAGGACCACAAGAGAAUCCAAGAGCCUAUGUAUCAAAGGCUCAUCAAAUUUGGAGAAAUAUUACAGGAAACGAUCCAGACAUGCACCAAAUGGAGCAAUCUAUUCUGCGAGCCAAAAUACAAAAAGGGUUGCCCCAGCCAGUGAGAAAUAAAUUAGAAGAGGUGGUUGGUCUUGGUAGUAUGACAAAAGGGAUAUACACAGACCAUAUAGCACAUCAAGUGGAGUUGUACAGGAAGAAAGAGAACAAGCAAAGAGAGCAUGAUCAAGAGAUCCUGAGACAACUUAACCAUAUACAUUUGGGAGAUAGCAAAAACAAGAAGAAGAAACAAGCUGUGGUUAUGCAGAGUCAAUCUCAAUCAGAGCAGGCAAAAAUGCAACUGCAACAGGAACAUAUGCAGGACCGACCACCCCAGCUGAUGCCAGUAGCUCCUUUAGGUUCAUAUGCACAACCAGCCUUCAGUCAGUGGCAGACAUGGAGUGGAAGCGGUGAAGACAGAAACUUCAACCCAAACUUCCAGGCAUUUUCAGAAGCAUGUCAUAGGUGUGGACAACUAGGACAUUAUGCACUUGACUGUUAUUGAGUAGAAGAAAGCUCUAUCAGAGGGUGAGUGAAGGGAGAAAGUAAGAAAGUUUUUGGUAAGUAAGUAAAAGAUGGUUCUUGUCAAGGACAUUGAUUAUUUGUGGAAAAGAACGAUUCAGGAGGCAAGGGUUAGCAAUGAUGCAAGGGGGGAAGUUACAAGAAACAUCAUAAAGGAAUAGGUUUUUGGACACCACAAAUUUUUGAUUAUGUCAUAAGUAGAUGUACAAUGUGUCUAAAAAGUAAUGUUCGAAGGUGUAACAGUUGAAGCUUGUCUAACCAAGCGAAAAGAUGCUCAGUAUGUUGCCAAGUUUUUGUGUAGGGAGGUCAUAAGCAGAUGGGGACUUUCAGAGUAAAUAUUCGAAGAUAAUGGAGAAGAGUGUGUGGAUAAAACAGUGAAAUCGAUUUGAAAAACUAAGAAUUGAACAAUGUUUAAGAGCUCUGUACCAUCCGCAAAGCCAAGGUAUCUGUGAAAAAAAAAAAAUGAAUGGGGUGAUGAGAAACCCUUUGGGUAAGAUUGGCCGGCACACAGAUUUACAUUUUGAUGAUGUAAAGGGGAGGUAUUACUUAGGGGGAAAUAGGAUAAACAUGUCAAACAAACAAAAAUGUAUGUUUUUGGCAAGAUACUGCUUAAUUUUUUCAUUCUCAGGACAGCAGUUGGGAAAACCAGCGAAAGAAAGGUGGUUCUCCAGAGAUCUAAACAGCCUUAAUGGACCCACACCUCCCAACAAGACAACCAAACAUGGACAAUGUAAACACAACUGAAACCUGACAGAGGAUGUGAACAAGGACAUUGCAUUGGAUACAUAAACGGAGGAAACACCCAUGGACAAGAACACUACACAAGCAGCCAAGGAUGUUAAGGAACAAAAAUGAUUAUUCAUUUUAAUCAUAGAGUUUGUUAAUGUAUAAUCUGGGAUUGAAUGUCAAUUUAUCUCUCUGUGUUGUAUUUUAAUGUUCAGGCAAAUACCAAACAGCAUAGGAAGAAUGGAAAGUAUGAAAGGGGGGUUAGUGAUGCAUAGCCUAAGUUGUAAAGUGAAUGUAUUGGGAUCUCAGGUGUUUUCUUUGUUUUCUCGUUGUAGGAUCAGUAAUGUUAGGCAGGGAUAGAUCCACCGGAAGGUCCGAUGGGAAGACCAGCUUGACUGUGGAUUUUUUUAAUUUUAUUUCUGAGAUUCCCAAGAAUAUUUGAGCCAAACAUUAUUUCCACAUAAAGUCUAACCCUUAACUUUCAAUUGGAUUGGAGUACAAUAGGUGGUCGCCUAGGGCAGAGGGACCGUGAGUGACUUUUUCCUGUCUAGAUUGUCUGAUGGAUACUAAUGAAACGAUAGCUGCCUGACAGGUUUUCGCUCUCACACUCCAAAUUUUAAUAGUAAAUACAAAUUGUAACAUUUCUUUGCCUUUUUCGAGACUCUAUGGAGUCUCGAAGGGGGGAAAUAUGUGGUAUCUGGAGUACUACAUCAAUAUGCAUUGCCUUAAGGUAUUUUUCAGGAAUAGCCUGAGGACCAAUUGUGGAAUGUGGGUUUGUGUUUUCCUGGGUUUAUCAUUAGUGACACCUGGGGCACUUCACAGGUCACAGGGCACAGGUCAUAAAACACCACUAUAGGUUAACCAAACACCAAAUGGUAAGGAAAGAUAUCUUGGGGACAAAGAAGGAAUGUAGGAGGGCUUACAUCCCUAACUGUAUAUAACAGGGUCACAAACUCUGGUUGGGGAGAGCUGGACAUCAUUGGCAGUCCUCUCCCAGCAACUGCAGUGCUGUAUUGAUACUGGUUUUGUCUUUAUAAUAAACUCCUCUUAUACAAGCAAGCCAGUGUCACGAAGCCUCCUUCUGCAUCUACACAUCGAGGACAGCCCA